GCCGUAAGGUACUCGAGGCGACAGCUUCCGUUUCCGGUUGGCUCCGGCUGCCGGGUUGAACAUUGAGUGUCCUGAGAGGUCAGAGUGCUGUCAGUCUUUUCCUAUAGACAUGGCCCAUGGACACGAACAUGAACAUGGUCAUGGUAAAAUGGAACUUCCAGAUUAUAAACAAUGGAAGAUAGAAGGGACACCAUUAGAAACUGUCCAGGAAAAGCUGGCUGCACGAGGGUUAAGGGAUCCAUGGGGCCGCAAUGAAGCUUGGAGAUACAUGGGUGGCUUUGCAAACAAUGUUUCCUUUGCUGGUGCAUUGUUGAAAGGAUUCAAAUGGGGAUUUGCUGCGUUUGUGAUAGCUAUAGGGGCUGAAUAUUACCUGGAGUCCCAGAAUAAAGAUAAGAAGCAUCACUGAACAUAAUACCUGGAAGUAUAUUAGUGGCUUCUUAACUCGCUUAUAAAAAUAAGAUUUCUUCACUGUAGCCUACUUGUCUGUGUGUUUGUCCCUUAAAGAAUACUAGUAAAAUUUAAUAAAGUAAGAAGACAUGU